AUGUACAAGGCCGUCAUCCUGCCGACGCUUCUGUAUGGAGCGGAGACCUGGACGGUGUACACGAGGCAGGCACGCCGACUGAACCACUUCCACCUCAGUAGUCUCCGUCGCAUCCUGUGGCUGCACUGGCAGGAUCGAAUCUCCGACAGAGAUAUGCUGGAACGAUCGGAAAUGCUCGGCAUUUACUCCAUGCUGAGACAAAUGCAGCUGCGCUGGAGCGGCCAUCUGGUGCGCAUGGACGACGAGCGACUACCCAAACGACUCUUCUUCUACGAGUGUUUCUCCUCACAUCAAAAUGACACUGAUGAGAAAGCUUGA